AUGCCUCUCGGCCUUCCAGAACUGCCCACAGAGCUCAAAUCAAUUCUCCCAUUUCUGCAGCGGGCCGAAGAAGUGAGAAAGGCUGAGCCUGUCAUUGCGUAUUGGAGUACAUAUCACGCCGCCCAGCUCGGUAUAGGCUUGAAGGCAAAAUCGCCUGCCUCUCGAUCUUUCCUCGGCGAGCUUCUUGGUGUACUGGAAGGCAUGAAAUCUGCCAUUGCAGUGGAAAACCCGGAAGCCGUAGAGACUAUCGAGAGUGAAAGCGCGAGUGCCGCGUACGUGGAAAACUUUGCACUCAAGCUGUUUGAAUCUGCAGACGACGCAGAUCGGACUGGAUCCGCUACAAGGCUUACAGCUCGAAAGUUCCUGGCCGCAGCAAACUUCCUUGAAUUGCUUCACGUAUUCGAGGUUUCGGGUCUCUCGGAGUCGGACACAGAAAAAAUCAAAUAUGCUAAAUGGAAAGCUGCUGAAAUAUCGAAGGCACUCCGUGAAGGGCGACGCCCCACUCCCGGACCAGCAGGAAGCGCAUCUGAUCUUCCACCAACUGCUGUCGGUGGUGUUUCCGAGCAGCCUGAAAGUGCUGCCCAGGUGCUUGGGGUUCCAUCUGCGGAAUUGACCUUGUCCCCCUCCAACCUUGUUCCUGGCAUUGAGAUGCCUAAUGAACUGAUUCCAAACACACGUCCUAUACUGUCAGCCGCAUCGGGCGCUUGGCAUGAUGGAUCUGAACAGCAAGCCCCCCAGGACCACGCGCGCCCGGCUCUUCCUGCCGUGUCACCGUUGCCUUCUACACCAGGUCUUAUCGACAAAGACCGAGCCGAUGGCAAGUCAUUACACAGUGCCCGAGGCCUAAGCGGCAUCGGUCCGUCUCCACCACCCUCGGAAGGGCUUAACGCAAGCAGCGGACUUCUUGCUCCAUCACCACCUGUGUCUACGUUCGGAAGUUCCGUGGUGUCUUCAAGCGCAACAGCGGCGAUCGCCCCUAGUGUCCGGCUGCCACAUGAUGGUGCUCCGCAAACACCGGCGACGACACCGCCUACUCUGUCACCCGCUGAGAUGGCUCGUGCCCAGAAGCACUGCCGAUUUGCCAUUUCUGCUUUAGACUAUGAAGACGUAGAGCAAGCUAGAAAGGAGUUACGAGCUGCUUUGUCACUUCUAGGACCUUGA